CUGUUGUUGGCGGGGGGAGCAGAUCUUGUGGUGCGUGUGUGUGUGAGAGAGAGAGAGGGAGGGAGAGGGAGCAAGAAGAUGCAGAGUGCAUUUGACUGAGCUCCUUGGCUACUGGGAAGCACUGAAAGACAGGCAGAGAGAGAAAGAGAAAGGAGAACAGAGGAGGCAAGGACAGGACUGAAGUGCAGAGCAGCUGUGCGUGUUUCCUAAUACUCUGGCACUUUUGGGUACCUCCAUCAAUGAGAACAUGGAUUCUUUCACGGAGACCUUAUUCAAGCUGCUGUUUCUGGUCGCCUUUCACCACUGGAAUAUAUUAGUAGCAGGGAACAAAUAUAAUUGUCACGAUCAGCUGGUGUCUGCCUUGCCUCAAUCAUCGUUCAGUAGUUCAACGGAGCUGUCCACUAGUCACAGCCCAGGAUUCGCAAGGCUUAAUCGAAGAGACGGUGCUGGUGGCUGGACUCCACUCAUAUCAAAUAAAUAUCAAUGGCUGCAGAUUGAUCUUGGCGAAAGAACUGAAAUUACCGCAGUGGCAACCCAAGGUGGAUAUGGGAGUUCUGACUGGGUAACAAGCUACCUGCUGAUGUUUAGUGACAGUGGAAGGAACUGGAAGCAGUAUCGUCAAGAGGAAAGCAUUUGGGCUUUUUCAGGAAACACCAAUGCAGACAGUGUGGUAACUUAUAAUCUCCAACAUUCCAUCAAAGCAAGAUUUCUGCGGUUUGUCCCUUUGGAUUGGAACCGCAAUGGCAGGAUUGGAAUGAGGAUCGAGGUCUAUGGCUGUUCUUACAGGUCUGAUGUGGCAGAUUUUGAUGGGAAGAGUUUCCUGCUCUACAGAUUUAACCCCAAAUCCACCACAGCACUGAAAGACAUAAUUUCUCUGCAGUUCAAAACGAUACAAAGAGAUGGGAUUCUGAUACACAGAGAAGGACAGAAUGGAGAUCACAUCACCUUGGCAUUAGUUAACGGAAAGCUUUCCUUGCUCAUCAACAUAGGUGAUGCUAAAAUAUAUUCUGCUGAUGCCCAGGUUAAUAUCACUCUGGGUAGCCUAUUGGAUGAUCAGCAUUGGCAUUCAGUCCUCAUUGAACAUUUCAAUAAUCAAGUGAACUUUACAGUUGAUAAACACACUCACCAUUUUCAUGCAAAGGGAGAAAUCAAUUAUUUGGACCUUGAUUAUGAGCUCAGCUUUGGAGGGAUUCCAGUACCUGGAAAAUCAGGGCUAUUACCAUGGAAAAACUUUCAUGGGUGUUUUGAAAAUCUUUAUUACAAUGGUGUGAACAUUAUUGAUUUGGCCAAGAGACAUAAACCUCAAAUCAACAUUAUGGGCAACAUAUCUUUCACCUGUACGGAGCCCCCUAUUAUUCCAGUCACUUUUUUAAACCCCAAUAGUUAUCUCGCAUUGCCUGGCACAUCAGGGCAUGAUGAAAUUUCGAUCAGUUUUCAGUUUCGGACCUGGAACAACGAAGGGCUUUUGCUGUCAAGUAAACUAUAUCAGACUUCAGGUGGCCUCCUCAUGUAUCUGAGUGAUGGGAAGGUUAAACUGAGCCUCUAUAAACCGGGAAAGACACAGAGUGACAUCACUGCAGGUGCUGAAUUACAUAAUGGACAGUGGCAUUCUGUAUCUUUGUCAGCUAAAAGAAACCGCGUAAGCCUAGUAGUAGAUAAUGAGUCAACAUCUUCCUCUCAUGCAUCAAUACCUAUACAGAUUUUUUCAGGAGACACUUACUACUUUGGAGGAUGUCCUUCUAAUGCCAACAGCUCAGAAUGUAAAAAUCCAAUUGGUGGUUUCCUUGGGUGUAUGAAACUGAUUUCCAUUGAUAACAAUGCAGUGGAUUUAAUUUCAGUUCAACAGAACUCAAUGGGAAACUUCAGUGACCUUCAGAUAGAUUUGUGUGGCAUUAUAGACAGAUGUCUUCCCAAUUACUGUGAACAUGGUGGCGAAUGUUCGCAGUCCUGGAAUAGUUUCUAUUGCAGCUGUGCAAACACAGGUUACAUGGGAGCUACAUGCCAUUACUCUAUUUAUGAGCAAUCGUGUGAAGCCUAUAAGCACAGAGGGAACACUUCAGGCUUUUACUAUAUCGACUCAGAUGGGAGUGGCCCCCUGGGACCAUUUCUUGUAUAUUGCAAUAUGACAGACACCACUUGGACAGUUAUACAGCACAACAACACCGAGUUAACUAGAGUCAAAAGUGCUAAUCGAGAGAACCCACACACUGUGUUUUUCAAAUAUGCUGCCAACCUAGAACAGCUCCAGGCUACAAUUAACCAUGCAGAACACUGUGAACAAGAGCUUGCCUACCAUUGCAAAAAGUCACGGCUUUCAAAUAAGCGAGAUGGAAUUCCAUUCAGCUGGUGGGUUGGAAAAAUCAAUGAGACACAGACUUACUGGGGAGGCUCCAGGCCAGAUGUUCAGAAAUGUGCUUGUGGAAUACAAGGAAGCUGCAUCGAUUCGCAUCAUGAAUGCAACUGCGAUGCUGACAGAAAUGAAUGGACGAAUGACACUGGGCUCCUAUCCUAUAAAGACCACCUACCAGUAACAGAGCUUUUCAUCACAGAUACAAACCGGCCAAAUUCUGAAGCAGCUUACAAACUGGGGCCUUUGCUUUGCCAGGGUGAUAGGGAGUUUUGGAACGCAGCCUCCUUCAACACCGAGGCCUCCUAUCUUCAUUUCCCCACUUUUCAUGGAGAACUGAGCGCUGAUGUGUCCUUUUUCUUUAAGACAACCGCUUCGUCUGGUGUGUUUUUAGAGAAUCUGGGAAUUAAAGACUUCAUAAGGAUAGAACUGCAUUCACCAACUGAAGUGACAUUUUCAUUUGAUGUGGGAAAUGGGCCAAAUGAAAUCACAGUGCAGUCACCUGCUUCUUUAAAUGACAACCAGUGGCACUACGUGAAAGCUGAAAGAAACAUCAAAGAGGCAUCGCUGCAAGUAGAUCAACUCCCUCAAAGAACUCACACAGCUUCAUCCGAUGGGCAUAUCCGUUUGCAGCUCAAUAGCCAGCUCUUUGUUGGUGGGACAGCAUCCAGGCAGAAAGGAUUUCUGGGGUGUAUCCGUUCUUUGCAGCUGAACGGUGGAGCACUUGACCUGGAAGAGAGAGCAAAAGUAACCCCAGGUGUAAAACCAGGUUGCCCCGGACAUUGUAGCAGCUACGGUAACUUGUGUCACAAUGGAGGAAAAUGCAAAGAGAAAUACAAUGGAUUCUCUUGCGACUGCACUUUCUCUGCUUACACUGGGCCAUUCUGUAAGAAAGAGAUCUCUGCAUAUUUCGGAGCGGGCUCUUCAGUUGUGUACAACUUUCAGGAAUCUUACAGCUUAGCUAAGAACUCCAGUUCUCACGCUGCGUCUUUCCAUCCGGAUAUGACGCUGAACAGAGAAGCAAUCACUUUUGCCUUUCGAACGACGCGGAUCCCAAGCUUACUUCUUUAUGUAAGCUCCUUCUAUAAAGAUUACCUUUCGAUUAUUCUUGCCAAAAAUGGAAGUUUACAGAUCAGGUACAAGCUGGAUAGCCAUCAAGCCCCUGACAUCUUCAGCAUCAAUUUCAAAAGCAUGGCCGAUGGGCAGCUUCACCGUGUGAAGAUUAACAGAGAGGAAGAAAAGCUAUUUGUGGAGGUUAACCACAAUGAAAGGAUGAAAUUCUUUCUUUCUUCGGAUACACAAUUCAAUGCAAUCAAAUCGCUCACACUUGGCAAGAUCCUAGAGAAUAGUGAUGUAGACCCGGACACCAUGAAGGCAAACUCUCAGGGGUUUGUCGGAUGUCUCUCUUCAGUGCAAUUCAACCACAUAGCUCCCCUGAAGGCUGCGCUGCACCAUUCCAGCUCGGCUCCAGUCACUGUGAAAGGACAUUUCACCCAGUCCAACUGCGGCACUUCAGCAGGAGCCGACUCAACAUCAAGUGAAACAACUCAUUCAUUUGCAGAUCAUUCGGGACCAAUAGAUGAGGGAGAACCUUUAGCUAAUGCAAUAAGGAGUGACUCUGCCAUUAUUGGAGGUGUGAUAGCCGUCGUGAUAUUCAUCCUGCUUUGCAUUGCUGCCAUAGCUGUACGGAUUUAUAGAAAGAAGAGUGUAUAUAAAAAAAAGGAGGUGAAAGGGUCAGAAAAGGAGGACAGUGCUGAGACUGCCCUGAAAAGUGAACUCAGCAUGCAAAACACAGUCAACGAAAGUCAAAAGGAGUACUUCUUCUGAUUCACAUUUAUGAUAUAGUUUAUUGAUAAUAUCAAUGAUGUGACUUUCUUGCUAAGCCAGGGGCUCUCAAUGGACAAAAAAUUAAAAUUUAAACGCUGUUGCACUCGAAGGACAAGCAAAAUGGCUCUGAAACCUAUUAAACUGCAUAUGUUCAGUCUUGUUGAUUGCUAUGGGAGGCCUCCUUAAAUGACACGCAUUCCUUAGCUAUUAUAACGUAAAUGCAUUUUAUGUAACAGUGAAUUAGAUAUUGUAACCAA